AUAUUAACAUUUCUAACAUAUUCAUAUUAGCCCCUGGCCUCUCAUAUACUGUUCCAAAUUAUUGAAUUUCCUUAUUACCUAGAAAACAGUUUUUUAGCCAAAAUACGACAUGAACUAUUUGAUUCAACGUGGAAAGGUACGCCAGCAGGCUAUCAAUGUGCCGGAGGGAUUGCCGGAGAUACUCUCGGACAUUACCCGGGAGGUAUUGAGGUGCCAGCCGACCAAGGAGUGCCUAUGCCAGUUCAUCAUUGACUACCUGCACUCCGUUAUCGUGACCAGGGAGAAGGCACUAGUGGCCAAGACCAUUUUGGACAGGGCUUUACGCCAAGUGGAUAGUAUCAUUUCGGACCUGUGCAUCUGCGACCUUUCGAAGGAAAAGUCCGAGCUGAUGGGCCAAGUACUGGAGGACUGCUUCCGUAACUUCCUAGAGAAGCGCCGCUGCGAGAUGCGUCGCGGCAAGCAGACCAUCAACUUUGAGGAUGUCGACAUCCUGGAGGAACUGCUCCAGAAGUGUCACUUCUCCGAAGAGGAAUUGGUUCUUUCACGACCUGCCAUAGAGAGUGCGUACAAGCGCUUCGUUGAAGCCUACAUGGCGGCUCAAAAGGGAACCGACGGUACGGAGCUACUCUAUCAGUACUUCCGCGAUCGGGAGAUGAAGCGAAUCCAGGAGUCGAUGCGCGAACAGGCGGCUAUUACAAUCCAAGCGGCCUGGCGCGGCUACUGGGUGCGCACCCAGUUCCCGAAGCAUAUCUGUGUCUGCACCUGUGCCUUGGAAAAAGAGGACGACGAGGAAGAGAGGCGCAGGAACGAGGCGGCUAUGGUUCUUCAACGCUUCUUCCGCAAUGUUAUGCUACGCCAAGCCACCAAGCCGGUGAAGGAUCCAUGUGCAGAUCCGUCUCCACACCUUUCAAAGGAGGACAGCUCUACGCCUUCUGCUACGAAGGAUGAAACCGUUAUUGCACCUACAAGUGGACUUGAAUCUGAAGCUGCACCGGGAACUGCACCUGGAACGGCUGCUGGAACUGCUCCUGGAACUGCACCGGCAUCGGCUCCAGCUACUGCACGCGGCUCCGAUAUGAAUGUGAGCCCCAUGGAUGAAGCAGCUCCGGCCGAGGGAGAAGCUCCACCAGCAGAUGCUCCCUCCGAGGCUCCUGCACCAGCAGAAGCUGCACCUGCGGCUGAAGGUCAAGAGGCGCCAGCAGAAGCCGCUGCAGAAGCCCCGCCUGCAGAAGAGGCACCGCCAGCAGAGGCUGCUCCCCCUGCCGAGGAAGCCCCGCCACCAGCACCACCAGCAGAAGAAGCAGCACCAGCCGCAGAAGAGGCUCCGCCACCGGCCGAAGAAGCCCCCGCAGAAGCCCCUGCAGAAGCCCCAGCAGAAGCCCCGCCAGCUGAGGAAGCAGCAGCCGAGUAGGAAUCUAUCACUUGAUUUAUUUUUUUCGGUUUAUUGUUAAAUCAUUGUUUGCGGCAAAUGAACAAUAAGAAGCCACAAAAGUUUAA